GAGUGGUGUCUUUACCCCGGAUUCAAACACGCGAGACGCACCAAAAGGUACGUUGAUAUGUCAACAUCACUUCCAUCAGUGCUCCCUAGAAAGCCUUCAGGUGUCCGAGUUAUGGUCCUUAAAGGACAGCAGGAGCUUUCUGAUGGGGUUCCUAACAAGUCUGGCAAAGAGAAUGGUACCAGUGGGGAGUCGAAUCAGAUCCCUCCACUGAAUGCAGACAGAGAAGUGGAGAUUAUGAACCACUGCUUUGACGAUGUGGAGCGAUUCAUGUCGCGCUUACAACAGGCGGCAGAAGCCCAGACUGUCCUCAACCAAAGGAAAAAGAAAAACGAGAGGAAGACCAAGAAGGAUAAAAAGACCCAAGAAGAUGGUUUGUUGACCAUGAAAGCCAGUCCUCCCCCAGAAGAAGACUUUGUGAACAUCUUUCAGAAAAUCAAGUACUCCUUCAGUCUGCUGGACCGCCUGAAGUCCUACAUCUCACAGCCCAAUGCCCCAGAGCUGCUCCACCACAUCUUUGUGCCUCUCAGACUGAUGAUGAAUACCACUGGGGGGCCAGCAUUAGCUGCAUCCAUCAUCAGUCCUGCUUUGACCAAUGGUGCCGUUAAACUGCUCCAGGAACAUCUGACUUUAGAGGAAAAUGAGCUGUGGACUUCACUGGGGACCAGCUGGACCUCACCCAGCUCCCACCUCGGUGUGACUGUUCCUCCGUAUACACCUGUCUUUCUGGAUGGGUGGAAGCCUCAGACUCAUGACUCUACUGGCCAGCCUUUUGAAGAUCCCAUCGAGCUUCAGCACAAAGUAGAUGCUUUCAAUGAAACCAAGCAGAAACAAAGUCAGCAGGAAGAAGCUCAACAGGCAGCACAGAGCCCCAGAGACGGAAAUGGACAUGCGCACGGUGAGAGCCAUUACUGCUGCAGUUACGACUUUGUCGCCAGAAACAGCAGUGAACUCUCUGUGCUAAAAGGAGAAACACUUGAGGUGAUUGACUCAUCAAAACGCUGGUGGAAGUGUCGGAACAGCUAUGGCGAGAUAGGAUUUGUUCCUUUUAACAUUUUGGAGCCUGUGUCUGCUCUGAAUAAGACGGAGAAAGAUGGCUCAGUGGUGCACAGGGAGUCACAGGCAGGUCCUGUUCCUCACUUAAAGCGCUUCUCAUACACCCCAUCAAGCGGGGGUCCCACUACAGCAACCCCAGCGGUGCGACCUCAAAGCAUGGUUUUACCAUCUACAAGGAUGCAGGGAGAUGAACCUGACAGAGUUCUGAUAAUGAAUGAUGAGUUUCUACAAAGGAUAGCCCGGAGAAGAGGCUCAUUUAAACAGACAGCUGAUAACUCUAUACCUCUGAACUAUGACUCUCCAUCUUCUGAGGUGGCAGCCUGGCUUACUGCCAAAGGCUUCAGCGCAGUCACUGUUGAGAGCCUGGGAAUUUUAAACGGAGCGCAGCUGUUCUCCCUAAAUAAGGAGGAGUUUGUUGCGGUGGCACCAGAAGAGGGUGAAAAUGUUUACAGCCAGAUAAUGGCAGAGAAGACUCUGCUUAAGAAUGCACAAAAACUUUAGAACUGGAUGCUUCGAUGGAUCCAAGAGUUAAAGAUUAACUCACAAAGAAAGAGUGAUGUAUUGUAACAGAGUUAAAAUAUCCUUUAAUACAGAUGUGACAUGAAUGCUUAUUUGAUAUAGAGGUAAUGCUCAUAUUUUAAAUCACAGAGUCUGUUAAUUUAUCAACAAAAACAACAGAUUUUAAAAGAAAUUCUAUUUAAAUACUCUUGGAACCAAUUUGUUGUUGUUGUUGUCGUCUGGUUUUUAGUUUGACAUGUUUGUAAUC